CAUUUGGAGAUCUACACACCUGGUUGUGUUUGUUUGGACAUCAUUUUUAAGGCGCAGUAAGGACUUCAUUUAAGACUUAAAAAUAAAUACAAACAUUGGACACAAGGAAACAUGUUUUUCUUUCUGGCUUUCUUUCCUUGCAUUUAUUUCAAACAAAUAACUAAUUUUAAUCUUGAUUUUUCAACAGGGAGUGGAUCAAGUAUGUUUGCUGAUAAAUAGAUUAUUUGACGCUGUGAGGACAGUGUAUGGUGAAGUUGACCAAAGAUUGGCUCCUCGAUCCCAAUUUGAAUUUCUUUUCAACAGUCCCCUUGAAAGCACAAGAGGUCGCCCAAGAUACUGCAUAACCAAAGAUCAACUACAGCAACUACGUGCAACAGGAAUGCCAUGGUGUUCAAUUGCAGCUUGCCUCUGCACAAGUGAGCGGACACUGUUUCGCAGAAGGCAGCAAUAUGGAAUGACAGGAGAAAAUUAUGCCAACAUCUCAAAUAGUGAACUGGAUAAUAUUAUAAGGGAAAUCCUGAGAGAAACGCCAAAUGCAGGAGGCAACUAUGUUCAAGGUGGUGUCCUAGCCAGAGGAUUAAGAGUUCAGAGAAGGAGAAUUAGAGAUCGAUUAAAUGCCCUGGACCCAGUUGGCAGAGCCCUUAGAAGACGGCAUACAAUUAGAAGGAGAAUAUAUAAUGUCAGAGGACCUAAUCAUUUAUGGCACAUUGAUUCAAAUCACAAGCUUAUUUCAUGGAGAUUUGUGUACCAUGGAUGCAUUGAUGGUUACAGUAGAAUGAUUAUAUACCUGACAUGCUGCACAAACAAUUGUGCAGCUACUGUUUUGCAUUUCUUUGAAGAGGGUGUAUCAAGGUAUGGGUUACCACUGAGAGUUAGAGGGGAUCGAGGUGGUGAAAACAUUGAUGUUGCUAGAUACAUGAUUAUGAGCCGUGGCAGAAACAGAGGAAGUUUUAUUGCAGGCAGAAGUGUUCACAACCAGAGAAUAGAGCGUCUUUGGGGUGAAGUGAACAGAGUGGUUUCUGAGUUUUAUAGGCAAUUGUUUAUGUACAUGGAAAACAUUGGAAUCUUAGAUUCUACAAAUGAAGUUGAUUUAUGUGCAUUACACUUUGUUUACAUUCCAAGAAUAGGAAAUUCUGUGCAAGAAUUCACUCGCCAGUGGAAUUACCAUCGACUUAGCACUGUUCAGUCAAUGUCUCCCUUAGCAUUAUGGCAUUCUGGAAUACUUUCAGAUCUUACUACAGUAAAUUCACAAGAUCUUCUGAGUGGCAUAGAUAAUUAUGGAAUUGACCAUGCAGGCCCAAUUACAGCAAAUGAGGCAGACACAUACAUUCAUGUUCCACAUAAUACAGUACAAAUGAGCGCUGAAAACCACAGGGAGCUUCUAUCUCUUUGUGAUCCAUUAUCAGAUGAUGACAAUAGUGGUAUUAAUCAUUAUUUAUUUGUUUUGGAUUAUGUGAUAAACAAUGUUAGAUAGUGUUGUAUACAAAUAAUUACGUUCCAACUCAAUUAAUUGCAAAAAUGGUGUUGUUGUAUCACUCCCGAUGCUACAUAUGUGGGUGGAUACUCAUCCCCCUGUCCCUUUUAAGUUGGGUUAGUAGCCUGUCCAGGUCAAAAGCUUCAAUCCCCAUAGUUCCUAGCAAACCUCCUUUGUUUGUCCUCUUUCUUUCUUCUUCCUUUUUCCAAUAAUUCCUUUCUGUUAUCUUCAACUCCAUCUCUGCCACAUC